UUGUCACUCGACGGUUCUGUCUUGCGAAGCCAUGACUGCAAAAGAAAGCGCUUGGGAGAGCAGGCACAGCUGAGAUGACGCUUCGGCCAAAGACCAAAUCAGCAACAGCAGAUGAGCUGGUUGGGACUGUCCUGGACAAGCACUUUCCAACCCCAGCAACCUCAUCAUCCAUCGCUGGAGGAGGGCGUGCAUCGCGCAAGUUGACGCCAAUGGAUGCAGCUACUGUCACCAAACGCCUUUCCGUAGGCAGUACGGAAAGCUCGGCAACACACAGUAUGAGUUCAGGUGUUCCAGUAGCUCAUCCUAACAGUGCCAGAACCAAAGGUGUGCUGCCUCCAACAGCCCCAAAGUCAAGACGUUCAAGGCCGUGUCCUGUGAAGCGGAGAGCGUCUGCAGAUGAGGUCUACGGCUUGGAUACGAGAUCCCUGGCGUCCCUGUGGCGCACGAGAGGAGGCAGUGAAGAGGAUUUGGCAACAAAGGACAACGAGUCAGAGGGCGAGGAUGAGCUGCCAAUGACCAAAGCUGUGUCUGACAUGCCGAGGAGCGAAGCAAUCAAAAUUCUGCCACCAAGCACUGCACUGACAGUUGACCCAGACAAGCUGGCGCAGCAAAAACAAAUUGUUGAGUUCAUUCUCUCGGACGAUUUGCCUGGCGCAACUUCCUCUAUGGCUGUAUCCGCGACUCAGAGUGGACACAGUACUGGAAUGUCUGUCGAGCAAGAGAAGAGCUUGGCCCGCAGGCGGCGCUCUUUUGAGCUUCAGGCCUUGAUCAUUGAAGGCGAAGUCACUGAGAAGACCCAAAUGGAAGUUUCGGGGAUUCAGACAGUUGAUGUCCAGGACACAGCUCUAAUCAAAUCCCGAGAGGAGAAAUAUUGGGAAAACAUGUGGCACAUGGCCAAGUCUGCGCGCAAUGAUGAAAAAGACGUGGAGGACGGAGAUGAUCCAUUUGAGCUUGAGGGGGUCGAAAUCGGCCUUGUGCAUCCUUACUGAGGUUUUUGGCUCGUCACACCUUUCCUCUUGUAAUUUGCUGGGCGCGAAAAAAGCAGCUCCCGCCUUUCCAUUCCUCUCUCCUCCGUCCAUGGUUGACGCUUUGUUGGACACCGUAUUUCAAUGACUUGGUGUUGCUUUGGACUUCCUGGUUUCUUGUCAGACGGAAACAGAUGGAUGUUGACUUGGCCAACAUUCUCAAUUAUUUAAUUGCUGGGCACUUUGGGAUGAUUUGAGACCCCCAAAGUGCCCAGCGUGGAACUCUUGAAUGCAGCAGUUACGAGCAGCGCCUUAUUUUGAAGCUUGGACUGCCUGGUUUCGCCAUUUUGAUUUGUAGAGAUGCCUCCAAAGGUGUUAUGUCUCUGUCUCCGAUUUUCGGCACGGAGUGCAAGUGCCUCCCGCAAUUCAAAUGCUUCAAGCGAUUGAAAUCAGCUGCAACUUCGGCUGCUCUUUGAUCUCUUUGUAUUUUUUUGUUAGUCAGUGGCAAUAGGAACAGCUGCCAAAUGGCACCUGUUCCAGUGCUAGCUCCUGGGAGAAGUAAGUUAAUGUCAAUCACUUGCUCCUCCGACUGGGAGUUCAUUCUGUUUGUCGUACAGACAGGCUGUAGACUGUUCGCAAUGUGGCAGCUACAAAA